CAUUUUGAACCAAGUCUUCACACGACUUUCUAUAAUUAUGGAACCGAGUGUUCUAAGUUGGCCUUCUUAAACAAUGUCAAACUCUCAGGAGAGAAACAUGGAACAGAGCUCCAAGCAAACAAAAGAAGAAUCCUCAUCGGGUAAUAAUGAUCAUAAUAAUAUUGUUUCUAAGGACGAUGAUUGUAUCACAAUAAUCACAGAGACUACCACCAUUAAUAAUCCAACCGAUCCAUGUCCAAGGUUACCUAUUGAGAUCCACAAAGUUUGUUUACCACCCCAUACAACCUUUCUUCAGAAACUUAAACACCGACUGUUCGAGAUUUUCUUCCCAGAUGACCCUCUUUCUAUAUUCAGAAACCAUACAUUGUAUGGAAAACUUGUUGUAGGUGUUCAAUACGUGUUCCCCCUAUUCCAUUGGGUGCCUACCUACAAUUUCAAGCUCUUUGGUUCUGAUCUUAUCUCUGGAAUCACCAUUGCUAGCUUGGCCAUCCCACAGGGAAUUAAUUAUGCCUCACUUGCAAAUCUGCCUCCUAAAAUUGGAUUGUAUUCAAGCUUUGUCCCACCGUUGCUAUAUUCUCUUUUUGGGAGUUCUAGACAUCUGGCUGUAGGUCCAACCUCCUCGGUAUCUUUGGUGAUGGGGAUAAUGCUAAGCCAAAUGGUUUCUUUUAUAAACGAACCAGAUCUCCACCUCAAGCUUGCAUUUACUUCCACCUUUUUUGCUGGAUUAUUUCAAGCUUCUUUAGGUCUUUUUAGGUUAGGCUUCAUUGUUGACUUUCUAUCAAAGGCAACUUUGACUGGAUUUAUGGCUGGAGUAUCCAUCGUUGUGUCCCUCCAGCAGCUUAAAGGAUUGUUGGGGAUGACUCACUUCACUAAUAAGAUGCAGAUCAUUCCUGUUUUGUCCUCUGUUUUCAGGCAUAGACAAGAGUGGUCUGCUGAAAUCUCUAUAAUGGGCUUCAGUUUCCUUGUACUUCUACUGACUGCAAAAAAAAUUAGCUUAAAGAAACCGAAGCUAUUCUGGAUUUCAGCAGCAGCUCCAUUGACUUCAGUUAUUGUUUCCACACUUUUAGUCUUCCUCCUCAAAUCCAAAUUUGAAGAUGCUCCAAAAAUUGGUCAGUUACCAAAGGGUGUGAACCCACCUUCAGCAAAGAUGCUAUACUUUCAUCAUGGUCCUCACCUAUCUCUUGCCAUCGAAACAGGCAUUGUUACUGGCAUUUUGUCUCUCACGGAAGGAAUUGCAGUGGGAAGAACAUUUGCUUCCAAGCAGAAUUACCAUGUUGAUGGAAACAAAGAAAUGAUAGCAAUUGGUCUGAUGAACAUAAUUGGUUCUUGUUGUUCAUGCUUUGUCACUACAGGGACAUUCUCGAGAUCUGCAGUAAACUACAACGCGGGGGCAAAGACGGCCUUUUCAAACAUAGUAAUGGCAUUUGCUGUGCUUGUGACCCUUCUAUUUCUGAUGCCACUGUUUUAUUAUACUCCAAAUGUAACAUUAGCAGCCAUCAUCGUAGCAGCUGUGAUUGGAUUGAUUGACUACAACACUGUAAUCAAUCUGUGGAAGCUUGACAAGCUUGAUUUCUUGGCUUGUUGGUGUUCCUUUCUCGGGGUUCUUUUUAUCUCGGUCCAAAUAGGCCUUGCCAUUGCAGUUGGAGUUUCAGUAUUCAAGAUCAUUCUUCAUGUCACAAGGCCAAACACUGUGGUAUUGGGGAAUAUUCCAGGAACUCAAAUAUACCAAAAUCUCAAUCGUUACCAAAAUGCAAUCCAGGUUUCAUCUUUCCUUAUUCUAAGCAUUGAGUCUCCAAUCUUUUUUGCCAAUUCAACUUACCUCCAAGAAAGAAUAUUAAGAUGGGUGAGGGAGGAGGAAGAAAGGAUUAAAAACAAACGGGAGGAACGCCUCAAAUGUGUAAUUUUGGAUAUGACUGCGGUGACAGCUAUAGAUAGCAGUGGCAUUGAUGUUAUAUCUGAACUUAGGGAGAAGCUGGAGAAAAAAGCACUUCAGUUUGUUUUGGUAAAUCCCGUUGGAAGUGCAAUGGAAUCGCUCCAGUGCUCAAAGGUGCUUGAUUUAUUUCAAUUAAAUGGGCUAUAUUUGACCGUAGAAGAAGCAGUAGCUGAUAUAUCCUCCUCUUGGGAGCAUUCAAUACCAUAAACCAGUGAAAGAA